UGAGCCUCAAUUACCUUCUGCUAAGAUUGCUAGCAGAGAAGUUCACUCAAAUGAAUCACCAUCUUCAAUGGGAAGUUCAGAAUCGGGUUCUUAUUCGAGAAAGAGAAGCUCUCUAGAGAGGAUUCCUAGCAGUGUCAGGAAUAUGAUCAGUGCCUUUGAAAGUAAUCUUUCUCAGGAUACGAAAUCUCACAUCAAACCAUCACCGCCGACAAAAGUACAAUCGAAUAAGAUUGGAUCUCAGUCGAAGGAAGCGAAGACAGAGAACACAGAAACAAUGAGAGGCAGUGUGCAGUUGGAGGAGUUGAGCACAACAAAAGUAAGAGGCAAAGGCACAAACAACACAAGUACAAAGAGUAAACUCAAAUUUACACAUAAGGAACUAGCCACAGAGGAAGAGAAAUCUCAUGGAGAUUCGACUAGAACGCCAAUGAUCACAACGUCUUCAGCGGUCGAUAAUGUCAGUGAUAGGCAACAUUCCAGCAAAAGUCAAACAAAAAUUUCUUCCGAAACUUCACCAAGUUUUACCAUGAGAGAAAUUACAACCCAUAACUUGAGACCAGUAGAGCACUAUGAAGAUAUGCACGAUUCCUUUGACAGCUUUAGUGCAUGGAUAUUCCCCGAUCAAAUGAGACGAUUCUGCGUAACAACUGGUGGUAAGAAGUUGAUGGAUUUCGUGGGAGGUUAUGGUUCUAUUAAGUCAGAAGUUCGUCAAGGGAAGGUCAACAUUUCCAUACCAGAAAAGUCCAAUGACAAUGGUGGCACUAGAAAUGAGAUUAAAAGAAGCAAGAAAACUCACAAAGCAAGAAAAUCAAAGCCCGAGAGUGAAGAUGUUGAAUCUUCUACAGGACCGGUUGGACAGCUAGUGAAAGUUGCAAUUAUGGUGGGAUUUGGAGUCCUUGUUCUCCUUACAAGACAAAGAAAUAACAGAUAAAAUUAGCUGGUGCUAUGGUCCUCAGUCAUUGGGGUGAAGUUUGUAUAGAACCAUUGUGUUGUUAAGUUCUUGUUUAUAACACCAUGUGCGAUACAUUUCUCAAAAUUGUUUUUGAGUUGAACAAAAUAAAUAAAUUGUGGAAAAUUAAGGCUCCCAGGAAAUAUUUUUG